CUCUAAAAAAACAGGGCGAGCUCAGGGACUCAGGCUGUCGAGGAACAAUAACUACAUAUGUACGUACUACUAGUUACUAGUAGUACAUGUAUGUAGCGCGGUACCUUCCGUGCAACAUCUGUUUAAGUUUUAGUGUAUUUUGUACAAGAACAGGAUCAAAUCCUCCACCUCAAAAUUACCAUCCCCUCCAUAACCUUCAAUGUUCUUGUUCACGUUCUCUACUCACACUUGAAUCUUAAAGACACCAAAGUCUGCUCCUACUCAUCUUGGAUGAUUGAUUGACUUCUACGUUUAUUUAAGCCUGCCCUUAUUUACUUACAAGAUGUAUUUUACCUUUCAUCUUGCGAAUAUGUCAGGUUCUCUGGAUUCGCUGUGAUCAAGAGUCUUUGGUUAGAUCCGCAUCAUCUUGACCAAAUUCACCCACACAUACCAUACCCUUUUCUACCUACAUCACAAACAUCACCCCAUUCCAUCACGUUAUCUACGCCGAGUCACAUUAUCCUGACAUUUCCAUUCUAUUCUGACUAUACAUAAUUGUACAACCCGUAUCCAAUCACAGAACUCGGAAUUUCAUCCUAUUCAGUACAUACAGCACCCACCCAAGUCUGAGCUGGAAAGAAGAAACACCUAUGUCAUACCAGCAUCAUCAGAAGCACGCCAUGCAUUCUGUAUCAUCGCCAAAGGAUUGCAAAGCUAUGGUUCAUCACCAUCACCACGAGGAAGAAAAGCGCGGAUCACUACACUUGGUCUCCAUGAGAACUGAAUCUCCCGAUGUUGUGCUCCGAGAUGCAUACAUCUCGGCCAAAGACAUCGCCGUCGAACGGCCCUUAGCUGUUGCCACUGCUCCGCCAACCAACUUCGCCAUGGUUCUCCCUGGCCUGUACCGCAGCAGCUACCCCAAAGCAGCAGAUUAUCCAUUCAUGAAAUCGCUGAACCUCAAGACCAUUGUUACCCUGGUCGGGGAUGACCUACCUGAUGGCUUCCAGCACUUUAUCACCAACAACGGUAUCAAGCAUGAGAUCUUCGACAUGGUCGGCACCAAGAAAGCAGACAUUCCCAUCAAGACGAUGCAGUCCAUCAUCGCGGUCGUUGGCAAUCGGAAGAACUACCCGCUUCUGGUUCAUUGCAACCAGGGCAAGCACCGGACAGGAUGUGUUGUUGGCGUCAUCCGCAAGGCUAGCGAGUGGGACACAGCCAGCAUCAUCAACGAAUACACCAAAUACGCUGAGCCCAAGGUUCGAGAGAAAGAUGUACAAUAUCUCACCAACUUCAAACUCUGCGAUCUUGCUCUCUCACCAUCAACCUUAAGCCAAGCCCCUUUUGUGCUGCGCACAUUCUACGGCAUGGUGAUGUUGGCGUCCUUCACUCUAUCAUUUUGGGUGUACUCAACUACUCGGCUGUUGAUUCUCACUACUGUAUGACACACAAACACAGUGGUGUCCUAUUACGACAAAGUGGCAUUAGAGAUGGAGAGGUAUAGAAAUGGUUCAGGCAGGUGUCACGGUCUGGUUAUUAGAUUCGGGAAGGAUGGCGACAACGAAAGAAAGCCCGGGCUGGCUAUGAUCCGGCGAACCCAUAUAAAAUUGGAGCAUUAAAUCGCGGCAAGCAUAAAUUACGGCAAUCAUUACACCAAAAAAAGACAAGAUUUGGAGAUGGGAAUGGAAAGAUCACAGCAUGGUGGAAGGUGUGGAAAGAAGAUAUUGGGAGGACGCAUAUCUGACGAGGCAAGGUCGAGCCUGCAUACAACACGGUCGGUCGGUUAGGAGACCAAUCAAGUGCUGAGGUGUCUCCCGGCGUUAAAUCUGGAUUGUUCUUUGUUAAGACGAAUUCUCGAUAUUUCGUUUGUUUUUCUGUCUUUGACUCAUUUUGCAUUGGCUCGCAUCAUACAUCAGAAGACUGCAGACUACGAAAUUGGAAGCAUUUCAGGAGGUUCUCAGGGUUGGAAGUGUCGGUUAAUGGAGGGGGAGGUAGUAAGAAAAUAGGCGAAUGAGAACCACUUCCAAAGACACAAAUUUUUGUUAUGUUUUGUCGAUAUGCAUGGUGCAAGCUUGCGAUUCGUGAUAUCCCUCACAUCUAUCCGUGAAUAUAGAGG